AGUGUAUAAAAAAAAUGCGCGCCGUGGUCAACUCCUCAAUGAUUAAAGUUUUCGAAACUUUUGCACUUUUGCUUUGAUUGAAUGUAGUUUUCUUUGAAUUUUUACAAGUUUUUUUUCGUGUUACGUUCGAUUUCUCGUGUAAAAAUGAGUAAAAAAGCGACGAAAAAACCGGGCAUUCAGAAAGAUGACAUUCUUCAAGCCGUCGUCGUCAUGGAUUCUUACAACAAGAACUUCAUGCCAGCUUGCUCCUGUGUAGCAACACUACCUGUGGUUAAUAGGAAAUUAUUAGAUUACAGUUUGGAAUGGCUGAACUCAUCAAGUGUCGGCGAAGUAAUCCUGUUUUGCUCAUCCAACGUAACAGAAAUAAAGAAACACGUCAACAGCAAAACACAUCUCAACAUCCACGUAAAAAUUUUGAUUUCCGAAGAUUGUUGUUCUCUAGGUGACGUUAUGAGAGCACUCGAUAAAUACGCUGUGAUCCGAUCCACAUUUAUACUACUUACCGUCGAUGUAAUUGGCAAUGUUAAUUUUACGUCAGCUUUGAAAAAAUUCAAAUCGAUUCAAGAUAAAGAUAAAGGUGCGUCGAUGAUGAUCCUUUGCAAACCCGUUGGAAAGCAAAGGAAAGAUCUUGAAAAUAAUACUGUCAUAGUGUCGAAUUCUGAAAAUCGUAUCAUCUCUUAUCAAGUCCAAGAAUCCAAAAACAUCGACAUACCGAUGGAUAUCUUAUUAGAGCACGAUUACAUCGAUCUUAGAAAUGAUUUACUUCAAGUCGGUGUCGCUAUUUGUUCCGUUGCAGUUCCUCCUUUGUUCAGUGACAAUUUCGACUUUCAAUCGUUAGAUGACUUCAUUCGUGGAUUAUUAGUCAGCGAAGAAGUUAUGCAAGGAACAGUUUAUUACGAUACUGUGAAAGAAAACGAAUAUCUGAAUAAAAUCACCAAUUGGCCAAUGUAUCAAAUAGUCAGUCAAGAUAUUAUUCGAAGAUGGACCUUUCCCAUGGUUCCUGAUAUUAGUGAAAAGUACAUUUACGGAAAAAACAGUGUUUAUUUGAAGAACGUUACGAUUUGUAAAAACUGUAAACUCAUUUCCGACGUUGUCAUCGGUAAUAAGACAAAAUUGAAGGAAAACGUAUACGUAGACCAUUCAGUCAUCGGAGACGAUUGCAUCAUCGGAGAAAACGUUCAUAUCGAGAAUUCGUAUAUUUUUAAUAACGUUAUCAUCGAAAAGAACAGCGUCAUCAAGCAUUCUGUGAUAGGAGAAAAUUGUCUUAUAAAAGAAAAUUGCAAACUGAGUGAAAACUGCAUCCUAGGCCCCGGCGUUAUUUUAGGUCAAAAUAACGAAUUGAGUAAAAUCUUCCUAGCUUCCGUGGAAGGAUCGAAUAGAAAAUCAUCUGUUUCGGAAAAUGGAUCUAAUUACAAGCACUCUAUGUUCGACAACUCAGAUUCCGAAGAUGAAGAACCACCACCUUGUUUAAUAACAGAGCGAAAUUUACAGAGUGAAAAUGAUGAUUCGUUGUCAGAAAGUAGUUUUGGUUCGUCCGCCGAUGAUCAUCACGAACGAGUAAUGGAAGAAGAUGAAGAUAUAUUUUUAAACGAAGUAGUCGAUUCGUUAACUCGAGGAUUUGAAGAUAAAUUAAAAUGUGAGAACUUAAUUUUGGAAAUUAAUUCUUCGAGAUACGCUUACAAUAUCGCCGUGAACGAUGUUAAUACCAAUUUAAUUCGAGCCAUGUUACAAAUUGAAUCGUCCGCCGUCGACAGUUCUAAUUCCUUACAAUUUCUCCAGUAUACUCUCUCAAAACUGAACCAUUUCAUGCCUCUGAUUGAAAAUUACAUAAAAACCAACGAUGCUCAACAAGACUGUCUCUCAGCCAUCGAACAUUACGUUAAUUAUCAUAAUGCAACCAAGAGUGAAGAAGAAUAUAAAACAUUGUUGAAAAUUCUACCGAAAAUUUUACAUUUCUUUUACGAUAAAAAUAUCAUCGAGGAACAUGAAAUUUGUUCGUGGCAUAAGAAAAUCGAAAUACAUGAAACCCAAGAAGCUCUAACCUCGUUUAUUACAUGGCUUCAGGAAGCUGAUGAAGAAUCUGAUGAAUCUAGUGAUUAAUGUAGUUUUACGAAAAUUAAAUUUGGUACAAUUUUUUUACUGUCGUUGAAUGAAUUAAUAUUUCAUCACAUUUAUCGAGAUUUUUAUUUUUUACAUCAAUAAAAAGUAUUAUAAUUUAUCUCAA